UGCUCCUCGCACCUCCCCCUCGUGCCGCUACCGCCGCCACUGAGAGGAGCCACCGGCGACGCCAGAGCCGGGAAUCCGGGUGCACAGAAGAUGAAGCCGAUGAAGAAGGCAUGCACUAGUCUUUCAGGUCCUGGUAGUGGCAGCAAGUCCCCACCAGCCACCAGGGCCAAGGCCCUAAGGCGGCGAGGGGCUGGGGAGAGUGACAAGCCAGAGGAGGACGAGGAGGAGACUCAGCCACAGCAGCAGCCUGGGCCAGAAGAGGCUGAAGAGGGCGAGGAGGAGGAGGCCGCUGAGCGGGGUUCUGGGGCUGAGGGGCCGCCCCCAGAACUACACCCCAGUGACCCAGCCUCAGGCCCAGCCGAGGACCCCAAAGGGGAUGGGGAGGCAGGCCGCUGGGAGCCCUCACUCAGCCGCAAGACAGCCACGUUCAAGUCUCGAGCCCCUAAGAAGAAGUACGUGGAGGAGCACAGUGCUGCUGGUGGGGGGGUGACGGGGGCUCCUGAAGAGCAGCAAGAGCGGACCCCUGAGGAGGCCAGUGCCCUGGGGGUACCCCCCCAGCCACCUGCUUCCGCCCGCUCCUCUUCCACUGACACAGCCAGCGAGCACUCGGCCGACCUGGAGGAGGAGUCUGCAGAGGCCUGUGGUCCAGGGCCCUGGCCUCCGGGUGGCCCCAGUGGUGGCUAUGACCUGCGGCAGCUGCGGUCCCAGCGGGUGCUGGCACGACGUGGUGAUGGCCUCUUCCUGCCGGCAGUGGUGCGCCAGGUGCGCCGAAGCCAGGACCUAGGUGUGCAGUUCCCUGGAGAUCGAGCCUUGACUUUUUACGAGGGGCUUCCGGGCAGUGGCGUAGAUGUGGUUUUGGAUGCCACGCCGCCACCAGGUGCGCUGGUGGUGGGCACAGCCGUCUGUACCUGUGUGGAACCUGGGGUGGCAGCCUACCGUGAGGGUGUGGUGGUGGAAGUGGCCACGAAGCCAGCCGCCUACAAGGUCCGCCUCAGCCCUGGCCCUGGCUCCCAGGCAGGCCCACCGGGCUCCCUGCCACAACCCCAACCACCGCUCCACAACCGGGAGCCCGAAGAAGCCGUGUGGGUGGCCCGCUCCAGCCUGCGCCUGCUGCGGCCCCCCUGGGAACCCGAGGUCCUGCUGAGGAAGCCCCCCAUUGGGCCUGAAGAAGAGCAAGCCGAGCCGGGAACCACCCUGCCGCCCUGCCCAGCUCCCCUGGACCCCAAGCAGCCUGAGGAUGCUGAGGUCUCCAAGAUUAGCUUCGGUGGUACCCUGGGCGUCCACUGUGAGGAGGGUGAGGAGAAGCACCCACCAGCCCUGGGCACCCCAGCCCUGCUCCCGCUACCCCCACCCCAGCUCCUGUCCCCACCCCCCAAGUCCCCAGCCUUCGCUGGCCCUGGUCGCCCUGGGGAGCAGCCUUCGCCCUGCCAGGAAGGGAGCCAGGGUGGCAGCCGGAGCAGCAGCGUGGCCUCGCUGGAGAAGGGGGCCGCCCCAGCAGCCCGGGCCCGCACCCCACUGACGGCUGCCCAGCAGAAAUACAAGAAGGGUGACGUGGUCUGCACACCCAAUGGCAUCCGCAAGAAGUUCAACGGCAAGCAAUGGCGGCGGCUCUGCUCUCGUGAUGGCUGCAUGAAGGAGUCACAGCGGCGAGGCUACUGCUCCCGCCACCUGUCCAUGCGAACCAAGGAGAUGGAGGGCCUGGCAGACGGCGGGCCCGGUGGGGCUGGGCGGCCGGCUGGUGUGGCAGCCCGGGAGGGCAGCACCGAGUUUGACUGGGGGGACGAGACAUCAAGGGACAGCGAGGCCAGCAGUGUGGCUGCCCGGGGUGACUCGCGCCCGCGCCUGGUGGCCCCCGCGGAUCUGUCACGCUUCGAGUUUGAUGAGUGUGAGGCAGCCGUGAUGCUGGUGUCGCUGGGCAGCUCCCGUUCGGGCACGCCCUCCUUCUCCCCCGUCUCCACGCAGUCGCCCUUCUCGCCAGCCCCCUCGCCCUCACCUUCGCCCCUCUUUGGCUUCCGCCCUGCCAACUUCAGCCCCAUCAACGCCUCGCCCGUCAUCCAGCGCACAGCGGUUCGCAGCCGCCACCUGAGUGCAAGCACCCCAAAGGCUGGCGUGCUGACGCCCCCCGACCUGGGCCCCCACCCGCCGCCACCUGCCCCCCGAGAACGUCAUUCCUCCGGCAUCCUUCCCACUUUCCAGACCAACCUAACCUUUACCGUGCCCAUCAGCCCUGGGCGGCGCAAGACCGAGCUGCUGCCCCACCCAGGGGCAUUGGGGGCCCCUGGAGCAGGAGGUGGGGGUGCUGCCCCAGACUUCCCUAAAAGUGACAGCUUAGACUCUGGUGUGGACUCAGUGUCCCACACGCCGACCCCCUCCACGCCGGCUGGCUUCCGGGCUGUGUCACCUGCCGUGCCCUUCUCACGCUCCCGCCAGCCUUCACCCUUGCUGCUGCUGCCCCCGCCUGCCGGCCUGACCUCGGAUCCAGGGCCCUCCGUGCGCAGGGUGCCCGCAGUGCAGCGGGACUCGCCCGUCAUCGUUCGCAACCCUGAUGUACCACUACCCUCCAAGUUCUCUGGAGAGGUGGGCACGGCCGGUGAGGUCCGGGCUGGGGGACCUGGGCGGGGCUGCCGGGAGACUCCCGUGCCCCCUGGGGUGGCCAGUGGAAAGCCUGGCCUGCCCCCACCUCUGCCGGCUCCUGUGCCCAUCACUGUGCCUCCAGCCGCGCCCACCGCUGUGGCCCAGCCGAUGCCCACCUUUGGGCUGGCUUCAUCACCCUUCCAGCCUGUGGCCUUCCAUCCCUCACCCGCUGCCCUGUUGCCGGUCCUUGUGCCAAGCAGCUAUACCAGCCAUCCUGCCCCCAAGAAGGAAGUCAUCAUGGGCCGGCCUGGAACAGUGUGGACAAACGUGGAACCUCGCUCUGUGGCCGUGUUCCCCUGGCACUCCUUAGUCCCCUUCCUGGCACCCAGCCAGCCGGACCCCUCUGUGCAGCCCAGUGAGGCCCAACAACCUGCCAGCCACCCAGUGGCCUCCAACCAGAGCAAAGAACCUGCUGAGUCAGCAGCUGUUGCUCAUGAGCAGCCACCAGGAGGCACAGGAAAUGCUGACCCUGGGCGGCCCCCUGGGGCCACAUGCCCUGAGAGCCCAGGGCCUGGACCCCCACACACAUUGGGGAUGGUGGAACCUGGUAAAGGUCCCCUUCCUACUACUGAGGAGGAGACCCCUGGCCCCCCGGGAGAACCCCGUCUGGACAGUGAAACAGAGAGCGACCAUGAUGAUGCCUUCCUGUCCAUCAUGUCUCCCGAGAUCCAGUUGCCUCUGCCACCUGGAAAACGGCGGACCCAGUCCUUGAGUGCUCUGCCUAAGGAACGAGACUCAUCUUCUGAGAAAGACGGACGCAGCCCCAACAAGCGGGAGAAGGACCAUAUCCGUCGGCCCAUGAAUGCCUUCAUGAUCUUCAGCAAGCGGCACCGGGCCCUGGUCCACCAGCGUCACCCAAACCAGGAUAACCGGACUGUCAGCAAGAUCCUGGGCGAGUGGUGGUAUGCCCUUGGGCCCAAGGAGAAACAGAAGUACCACGAUCUAGCCUUCCAGGUGAAGGAGGCCCACUUCAAGGCCCACCCAGAUUGGAAGUGGUGCAACAAGGACCGAAAGAAGUCCAGCUCAGAGGCCAAGCCCGCGAGCCUGGGGCUGGCAGGAGGGCACAAGGAGACGCGGGAGCGGAGCAUGUCGGAGACGGGCACUGCGGCCGCCCCUGGGGUGUCCUCUGAGCUCCUGUCAGUUGCAGCCCAGACACUCUUGAGCUCAGACAGCAAGGCUGCAGGGAGUGGCCCAUGUGGAGCAGAACGGCUGCAUGCUGUUGGGGGCCCUGGCUCGGCCCGGCCGCGGGCCUUCUCCCACAGUGGUGUGCACAGCCUGGAUGGCGGGGAGGUAGACAGCCAGGCGCUGCAGGAACUCACUCAGAUGGUGUCUGGCCCCACAUCAUACUCAGGCCCAAAGCCUUCCACCCAGUAUGGCACUCCGGGCCCUUUCGCAGCCCCUGGUGAAGGAGGCGCCUUGGCGGCCAGCGGGCGGCCCCCACUGCUCCCCACCCGAGCCUCUCGUUCCCAGCGUGCAGCCAGCGAGGACAUGACCAGUGAUGAGGAACGCAUGGUCAUCUGUGAGGAGGAAGGGGACGAUGAUGUCAUUGCUGACGAUGGCUUUGGCACCACUGACAUUGAUCUCAAGUGCAAGGAGCGGGUGACUGACAGUGAAAGCGGCGACAGUUCUGGGGAGGACCCAGAGGGCAACAAGGGCUUUGGCCGUAAGUUGUUCUCACCUGUGAUCCGCUCCUCUUUUACCCACUGCCGUCCCACACUGGACCCCGAGCCACCAGGUCCCCCGGAUCCACCUGCAGCCUUUGGGAAAGGCUAUGGUCCCACGUCAUCCUCUUCCUCCUCACCUGCCACCACCUCAACCUCUGUAGCCAACUCUUUUUCACUGGGCUCUGGAAGCUUCAAGGCCCAGGAGUCUGGUCAGGGCAGCACAACAGGCCCCCUACGGCCACCACCCCCUGGACCUGGAGGCCCUGCCACACCUUCCAAGGCCACACGGUUUCUACCAUCGGACCCUGCCUCCUUCCGGCGCAAGAGACCUGAAAGUGUGGGCAGCCUGGAGCCAUCAGGCCCCUCUGUGAUUGCUGUGCCUCCCAGCGGGGGAGGAACCAUUCUGCAAACACUGGUCCUGCCCCAAAACAAGGAGGACCGAGAGGGCAGCGGAGCCCGUGUGCCCUCAGCUUCUGCCCCAUCGCUGUCUUACGGGGCCUCGGCAGCGCCUCUGUCCCGCCCUGCAGCCACCAUGGUCACCAAUGUGGUUCGGCCCGUCAGCAGCACUCCGGUUCCCAUCGCCUCGAAGCCCUUCCCCUCCUCUGGCCGAACCGAGGCAUCUCCAAAUGACACAGCAGGUGCCAGAACUGAGAUGAGCACUGGCUCCCGGGUGCCCGGGGGCUCCCCGCUGGGGGUCAGCUUAGUCUAUUCGGACAAGAAGUCAGCAGCUGCCACCUCACCUGCCCCACACUUGGUGGCUGGGCCCCUGUUGGGCACUGUGGGGAAAGCCCCUGCCACUGUCACCAACCUGCUGGUGGGCACCCCUGGCUAUGGAGCCCCUGCACCCCCUGCUGUUCAGUUUAUUGCCCAGGGAGCCCCGGGCGGUGGACCCACUGCAGGCUCAGGAGCAGGUGCUGGAAGCGGCCCCAAUGGGCCAGUACCCCUGGGCAUCCUGCAGCCAGGGGCCCUGGGCAAGGCUGGGGGAAUCACCCAGGUGCAGUAUAUACUGCCCACGCUGCCCCAGCAGCUUCAGGUGGCACCUGCCCCAGGACCACCAGCUCCUGGGGCCAAGGCAGCAGCUCCCACUGGCCCCGCACCCACCACCAGCAUCCGUUUCACCCUCCCACCCGGCACCUCCACCAACGGCAAGGUCCUGGCUGCCACUGCACCCACUCCUGGCAUCCCCAUCCUGCAGUCUGUACCCUCCGCCCCACCCCCUAAAGCCCAAUCAGUUUCUCCCGUGCAGGCCCCGCCCCCAGGUGGCUCAGCCCAGCUGCUGCCGGGGAAGGUGCUGGUGCCCCUGGCUGCCCCCAGCAUGUCAGUACGGGGUGGGGGGCCUGGCCAGCCACUGCCCCUGGUGAGCCCACCUUUCUCAGUACCUGUGCAGAAUGGUGCCCAGCCACCCAGCAAGAUCAUCCAGCUGACGCCUGUGCCCGUGAGCACACCUGGCGGCCUGGUGCCGCCCCUGAGCCCAGCCUCGCUUCCCGGACCCACCUCCCAGCCCCAGAAGGUCUUGCUGCCUUCCUCUACCAGGAUCACCUACGUGCAGUCGGCAGGCGGGCACACUCUGCCUCUGGGUACCAGCCCUGCGUCCAGCCAGGCUGGAACCGUCACCUCAUACGGGCCCACGAGCUCUGUAGCACUCGGCUUCACCUCGCUGGGGCCCAGCGGCCCCGCCUUUGUGCAGCCCCUGCUCUCAGCAGGCCAAGCCCCUCUCCUGGCUCCUGGCCAGGUGGGCGUGUCACCUGUGCCCAGUCCCCAGCUGCCUCCUGCCUGCACAGCCCCCGGAGGCCCCGUGAUAACUGCGUUUUACCCUGGCAGCCCCGCCUCCACCUCGGCACCCCUGGCCCAGCCAGCCCAGGCCCCACCAAGCCUGGUCUACACCGUGGCCACCAGCACCACCCCACCUGCUGCCACCAUUCUGCCCAAAGGCCCACCAGCCCCUGCCACUGCCACCCCCGCCCCCACUAGCCCUUUCCCUAGUGCCACAGCAGGCUCCAUGACCUACAGUUUAGUGGCCCCCAAGGCCCAGCGGCCCAGCCCGAAGGCCCCCCAGAAAGUGAAGGCAGCCAUCGCCAGCAUUCCCGUGGGCUCCUUUGAAGCAGGUGCCUCCGGGCGGUCUGGCCCUGCACCCCGGCAGCCUCUGGAGCCUGGCCCCACCCGGGAGCCAACCGCCCCAGAGUCUGAGCUCGAAGGGCAACCCACACCACCGGCCCCUCCGCCACCCCCAGAGACCUGGCCUCCCGGUGCCCGGAGCAGCCCCCCUCUCCCCCUCCCAGCCGAGGAGCGGCCAGGAACCAAGGGCCCCGAGACCAUGCCCAGCAAAUUCUCCAGCUCAUCUUCUGACUGGCGGGUCCCUGGGCUGGGCCUGGAGAGCCGGGAGCCCCCCACUCCUCCCAGCCCAGCCCCAGCCCCGGCCCCAGGCAGUAGCAGUGGUGGCAGUCUGGAGGGCAGCGGUGGAAGGGGGGCUGGAGACACCCCAGAGCGCAAGGAGGUGGCUGGUGCUGGCAAGAAGGUGAAGGUGCGGCCCCCGCCCCUGAAGAAGACCUUCGACUCCGUGGACAACAGGGUCCUGUCUGAAGUGGACUUUGAGGAGCGCUUUGCUGAGCUUCCCGAGUUUCGGCCGGAGGAGGUGCUGCCCUCCCCCACACUGCAGUCUCUGGCCACCUCUCCCCGGGCCAUCCUGGGCUCUUACAGAAAGAAGAGGAAGAACUCCACCGACCUGGACUCGGCGCCCGAGGACCCCACCUCACCCAAGCGCAAGAUGAGGAGGCGCUCCAGCUGCAGCUCCGAGCCCAACACCCCAAAGAGUGCCAAGUGUGAGGGGGACAUCUUCACCUUUGACCGCACAGGUACCGAAGCUGAGGACGUGCUGGGGGAGCUGGAGUAUGAGAAGGUUCCCUACUCAUCGCUGCGCCGCACCCUGGACCAGCGCCGCGCCCUGGUCAUGCAGCUCUUCCAGGACCAUGGCUUCUUCCCAUCAGCUCAGGCCACGGCAGCCUUCCAGGCCCGCUAUGCCGACAUCUUCCCAUCCAAGGUUUGUCUGCAGCUGAAGAUCCGUGAAGUGCGCCAGAAGAUCAUGCAGGCAGCCACCCCCACAGAGCAGCCCCCUGGAGCUGAAGCCCCCCUCCCUGGACCACCUCCAGCUGGCACUGCUGCUACCCCUGCUCCCACUCCCAGCCCUGCUGGCGGCCCUGACCCCACCUCCCCUGGCCCGGACUCUGGCACUGCCCAGGCUGCCCCGCCACUGCCUCCACCCCCAGAGCCAGGGCCUGGACAGCCUGGCUGGGAGGGCCCCCCCCAGCCCUCUCCCCCUCCCUCUGGCCCCUCCACAACUGCCACCGGCAGGUGAAGGGUCCCUGGGGGAGAUCCUGGACCCAUAGUACCCCCUCAGGACAUGGACAGUGGAGGUGGCAGGAGUGGGGGGAUGGGAUGGUUGCCCCCCUCUCCUCUAAAGCCAUGUCGUCCUUUCCAGUCCAGGUGGGCGGCAUGAAGCCUGCUCCCCUUGUAUAUACUCCCGCCUCCCCAGGUUCCUCCCCGUGAUGGGGAGACAGCUGAGGGAAGGCAGGGGCACAGCCUCCACUGGGCCCCUGUACAUAACCUGGAGUGUGUGACCUUCAGAGCUUUUCACCUGUACUUUAUGCAAAAUGGCUCGUGUGAGGGCUGCAAGCUGGAGGGCAGGGUGGGCCUCGGGCCCCAGGGAGGUGCCUGUGGAGUAGGGGGGAGUUCAUGCACCCCUUGUUCCCCCAGAGGGGCUGGACUCAGGUUAGUUUGGGGUCGGGGCUCCUGUACUUUUGCCACAGGCACGGGGAGGAUUCUUCCUUACCCCCUCUGCCCUCCCAACUUGGGUUGUACUUUCUAAGAAGGUGAUUCCCCACCCUGUCCCCGUCCCCAGAACAAAACAUGUUGAUCAUGUGCAAUAUUUCUUACUGUGCCGAGAAGAAGCAAUGACCGAGAUUAAAGCUGUUUAACACAC